UCAUAACUUUUUUUUUCUGAGAGUUACCUCCAUUUUCAUAGUAACAAACAUGGCGUCUGAAUCGCCAUCCACGUUUAGCAAUGCUAUUUCACAACUUCUCAACAGUUGGACAGCUUUACAGUUAGCUGUUGAACAUGGCUUCGGGGGUGCAGAGAGUAAAGAGAAAGCAACAUGGAUGGUUUAUGCUAUAGAAACCUGGUUUAAAGAAAAUGAUAAUAUAGAGACAUUUGAAGUGGAGGAUUUUUUGGAAGAAGUUUGCAAUACUGAGUUUGAUCUUAUCAUAGAAGAUAACAGCACAAAAGAGAUAGCAGCAUUGCUGUGCUUAUACUAUCGCCUGUGCCAGGGAAACAAGUUGGAAGAGUUGAACCAGCGCCUACAGAGUCUGCCCAAACCUUCAGUUCUCAAUUGUCAAAGACAAGAUAUGGAUGAGGAGGAUGUAGAUAUUGAUGAUGAAACACCUAAUGUUCCAUCCACAUCACAAGCAUCUCCCAGAGUUCAUUCUUCAGUUCAUCAAACUUCAUCAACUACAGAAAGCACAGAAGACAUGGAUAUGUCUGUACCUGAAGAUCAGCAUACUGUAGAGGAUGGAUGGCAAGUUAUCAGAAAAGGGAAGAAAAAGAAGUGACACUGUUUGAAUGUAGACCAUUUAGUGUAAAUAUAUUUAUAUAAUAAUUGUAAAAGGUAUGAAGUGUUGGUUUUUAGUCAAAAUGUAUGUCCAGUUUAGUUAGUUUGAAAUAAUUGAAUGAACGAAAGAGAUUUAAAAAAAUCAUUGAAUGAACAUUGAAUGAAUGAGAGAGAGAUACAAUCAUGUCUGUGUUGAUAAAAUGAUGCAUUCUUUGUUUUUGUGUUGUUUUUUUCAUUGAUGUAUAAACAUUUAAAUUAAAAAAUAAUUAAUUAAGUAUAAUGUGUUUUCUUCAAUUUGAUCAUUCUUUUUAAAUAUAAAUAAAUGUAAAAUAUUUACAUGAGAUAACACUUCAAAUGUUUAAAAACCAUUUUAAUUAGCAUUUAUCCAUAACUACAAUUUUUUUUCGUUACAAAUUAGGUAAAUAACAAUGACAAGAAAAAAAAAUAUAUUUGUAAAAUACAAUUAGUCGUUGAAUAAAUUCUUGUGAACCAUUUGUUAACCCAGCACUUCUUUAAUCAGCAAUGAAAAUAUACUCUUUAUACAAUUACAACCUUUAACAGUUCUGAAGAAACACUAACUUGACUAAUUCUGGAAUUCAAAUUCUUGAAAUCUUAGCAUUCAGCAGUUUUCACAUUUUGAUUAUGGGUACUGGUAUAUAUUAAUUAACUAAUUUAGGUCUGAAAAUUUUGACUUAUAGUAGAAUGUAAUUGUUUAAUAAAAAAAAAUGCUUACAAAACAGUCAAAGAAAAGGAUGUCAAUUUAAAACAAAACAGUCAAUAAAAAUUAUGCCUAUUUAAUAAAAAAACUUGUAAAGGAAAAUGAUGUUGAUUUAAAACAAAACAGGAGUCUAAGUUUUAAAAUAUUUUUCUGUUUAUGGUGAAUGUGAAAUACGUUUACCAAUAACUUCCAAUAUUUUAGAAAAAAGAUUUCUAUUAAAAUUGUUUUUGUCAUAAAUUAUUUUAGUAUGCUAAUUAUUCCAUAGCAUUAAAAAAAUAUCGAUUUGAAUGUAAAAUAAGUCUUGAAAACUAUUUCAGUAAAGCUUCAGCAACGUUUAAAUCUUUAUUGCAUUUUAUUACAUCACAGUACCCUAAUAUUUAAUACAUUAUAAAUUCAUUCACCAAAUUGCAAAUUUAAGUUUAAAAAGCUGACUCUGAAGUUAUUUUGAGCAUUUAUGAUUCCCAUCCUCUAAAAAAUGGUUUAUUAGGCAUAA